AUGGCUACUUGCAUCACAAGCUUCCUCCCCAGGAUUAUUUCCCCUGAGCAAGGCGUUUUCCAGUGCAGGAAAUUAAUUCAAUCCAAUAUUGGUCUGGCUUCUAAGCUCACCAAUCUUAUGGGGAAGGCUUCUAGAGGGGGUGGAUUGGGCUUAAAGCUUGAUGUGAGGAAAGCUUUCGACACUCUUCGUUGGGAUUUUCUUUUCAUGGUGCUCUCAAAAUUUGGUUUCUCUGAGACCAUGAUAGGAUGGAUUUUUUCCAUUCUUCAUUCUGCCAGAAUCUCUAUUCUCCUUCACGGAGGCUCUAUUGGAUUUUUUGAAGUGAGUAGAGGCCUAAGGCAGGGUGAUCCCAUUUCUCCAAUUCUUUUUAUUAUUGCUGAAGAAGUGCUCUAUAGGGGUUUGAAAGAUUUGGCCAAGAAGAACCUCAUUAAGCCUAUUGCUAGUCCCAGAGAAAAGUAUCAGAGCUUCUCUGGGCAGGAUUUCAACCUUCACAAAAGCAACAUGUUCCUUGGAAAAGCCUCAGCAGAUAAAAGACAAUGGUUGGUUGAGUCAAUGGUUGUUCCUAUUUACUACUUCCCCACCAAUUACUUGGGUGUUGAAAUAUUCCAAGGAAGAGUCAAGAGAGACCCCCUUCUCCCUGUGAUGGACAAAAUCAAGGCAAGAUUCUCUGGAUGGAAAGGUAAGGUCCUCUCUUUGGCUGGAAGAGUUGAGCUUAUUCGAUCUGACAUUUUGGCGAAUGUUGCUACAAUGUUUAAUGUGGUUUGGAUCAACAAACCAUCAGUUGAUGAAGUGAUUAAAUGGUGGAAGAUCAAGGGCAAAGGUUGGUCACUAAAAGACCCAUGGGUGAUCAGUCUGGUUGUCUCUGUUGAUGCUAUUUGGAGAGAGAAAAAUCUUAGAAGGUAUGAAAAUAAAUCUCGAAGCUCUUCCAUGGUGUUUGCUGCCAUCUCUAGGGAUGUUGCUUCCCUAUGA